CUUGCAGUUUUUGCUACUCUUAUAAUGAAUUUGUCUUUUUUGAAUGUUCUUACUCUUUUUCUAUUCUGACCGCUCUUAUUCCUGGAACGCAAGGCUUUCUCCUUAGGUCUUCAGUUUUGCAUCUUUUUGAGUGGUUGAAUGGUGAACAUAAAAGCUCUCAUUCGGUUAAAAAUUUCUAUAAGUUGAUGAUGUGCUGUGUUAUUUAUCACAUUUGGAUAGAGAGAUACAAUAGGAGAUUUGGGGACAAUAUUCAAAGAAAUUUUUCAUUAUUGAUUUGUAUUAAAAGAGUGGUGUAUGAGAAGGUUUCAAAGUGGAAGAACUCCUUCAAUUUGCUGGAAAAAUUAUAAGUUGGCAGGGGUCCCUAUAUUGCCAAGAGAUAUUUGUCCCUUGGUUUAGCCUGCAGAUUUUGUCGGUCUGGACAAUGAUGAUGAUCCAAUUGCAGGUCCCUUGAUGGCCUUAGGGCAACCAAGAAUUCUGACCGUUCUGAUCUAUCUGUUGGAAUUUUUCCUUUUUGUGCUGUUUUUGAGCUUGGCUGAGCUUUGGCCUAUUUUGGUUGGCCAGUUUUUGGCGUUAUUUCUUUGACCAUGGAAGGCCGGUGGUCGUCUUCUUCCGAAGGAAGAGCUCCUUUAUAACCUAAUAUAGUAGUAUGUACAAGCCGCGCAAAGAGAGAGAAAGAAAGAGCAAGUGCCACGCAAGAAGAAUUAAUUGAUGGGAGUUCCAUCUUCUCAAAGACAGCGGAAGAGAUGGUCGAGUCUGGUUCCCAUCUUCGCUGCUAUUAUGUUGGUGGCCGAAAUCGCUUUUCUCAGCCGAAUGGACAUGGCGAAGAGCUCCGAUUUUGUACAACAUUGGACUACCUCCUUCUACUUGCCUUAUUUCUCCAAUGCGGAUGACCUUCCUCUCCCGUUCCCAGAGUUCAAUCCACUUGAUUCUGAGCAGCGACGGUGCGAGGAGCGGCUUAAGAGGGAGGACGAUAUACCUUACUCCCGCGAUUUCACCAAAGAUCCGGUAUUUAUUUCCGGCGUCGAGGAGGACUGGAGCUCAUGCUCGGUGGGCUGUAAAUUUGGAGUUGCAGCUGAUAAUAAACCCGAUGCUGCACUUGGGUUGCCUCGAGAUCCAAAUAUAGCUGCUGUAUUGCGCUCAAUGGAAUCAUCUCACUACUAUGCUGAGAAUAACAUUGACCAUGCACGACGGAAAGGGUUUAGCAUCAUAAUGACAACCAGCCUAUCAUCUGAUGUACCUGUUGGCUAUUUUUCUUGGGCUGAGUAUGACAUCAUGGCACCGACACGACCCAAGACUGAAGAUCCCAUUGCUGCUGCGUUUAUUUCAAAUUGUGGGGCACGAAAUUUCCGUCUGCAAGCGCUUAGUAUGCUUGAAAAGAUGGAUGUCAAGAUAGGUUCAUAUGGCAGCUGUCACCAAAACCUUGCUGGUAAUGUGAACAAAGUAGAAACCUUAAGGAGAUACAAAUUCAGUUUGGCUUUUGAGAAUUCUAAUGAGGAGGAUUACGUUACAGAGAAAUUCUUCCAGUCUCUUGUUGCAGGGGCUGUCCCAGUGGUUAUUGGUGCCCCGAAUAUUCAAGAUUUUGCUCCCUCUGAUGAUUCUAUAUUGCACAUUAAAUCUCUUGAUGACGUUCCAUUUAUUGCUCAGAAAAUGAAAUAUCUUGCAUCAAAUCCUGAAGCAUUUAACCACUCACUGAGAUGGAAGUAUGAGGGUCCAUCAGACUCUUUUAAGGCUCUAGUAGACAUGGCAGCCGUGCAUUCAUCUUGUAGGCUUUGCAUCCAUAUUGCAACUAUGAUCUACCAAAAAGAGGAAAGCAAUCCCCAGUUCAGAAACCGUUCAUGCAAGUGCCAAAGCAGCAAAGGAACUGUAUAUCAUUUGUAUGUAAGAGAGAGAGGGCGUUUUAAGAUGGAAAGUAUCUUCCUCAGAUCUGACAAGCUAUCUCUUGAAGAACUGGAAGCUGCAGUGCUUCAGAAAUUUCAGUCUCUGAAUCACACUCCCAUAUGGAAGAAAGAACGACCGGAAAGUAUAAGGGGUAAUGGAUACAAAAUAUAUAGAAUAUACCCAGUUGGCAUGACGCAAAGGCAAGCACUGUAUUCUUUUAGAUUUAAAGAUAAUGCUGAGCUUGUAAAAUAUAUAGAAAGCACUCCCUGUGCAGAGCUUGAAGCUAUUUUUGUUUAGCCAUUAGGAAUGCAUUCACUGCCUUGGUCAAGUUGUAUCAUUUCAUAGGUUUCUUGUUGUCUAUUCAUUUGAUAAAUAUUCUCAGCUUUUAUUAGCCAUAAUGUGGCAACCUUCAUGCGUGUAAAUUUAUCUACAGGCAGUUUAUUGGGCUAUACAGCUUAAUUUAUGCAGAACUUUUCAUUA